CACCCGUUUUCUAAAUAGCAACGCAGCAAGAGUGGUGUGCACUGUGGAGGACGCUCCGUUUGAAUCAACGGGCCCUUACCGUGGGUUUACAUCGAGUUUUUUUGCUUCGACUUUGAAAUUGAUACUGAAUAUGUCGACGUUUCUUGGAAAUUUCAGCUGCAAAUUUUCAUUCCAGUUUCAGUAUCGACCUUUUUUCAUUGCCUGGAUGACAAAGAACAAUGCCCUUUGCUGUAUGAAGAACAGAGCUUACGGCUCUGUUCCGGUUAGGUACAUUCCUAAGAAGUCUUAUAAGGUCGAGGAUUCAAAAUCUUUGAAGAGUUCUGAGGAUGAAGAAAUUCAGGAUUGUGUUCGAAUUCGGGCUUCAGAUGGUGGGCGAAGUUAUCGGACAACUUUUGCUUGGGAUGAGAAGAAUAAAAUUCAGGAUAAAAGGCCUAUGAACAAUUUGAUAUUUGAUGCUGAAUCAGAAUCAGAAGAUGCUAUUGAUUGUGAUGUUAGGGUUGUAGACUUUGAGUUCAUGCAAGAGCCAGAGGAUGUUGUCAAGGAAUUCAGAAUCUAUCAAGAGAAGGAUUAUCCUGAAUUGGAUGUAUCACAAGUUAGUAAAAGUAAACAAGAUGCUGAGAAGUUGGCAAUUGAAUUACUUGCAACAAGGGCAUACACAGCAGUUGAGUUGAAAAAGAAACUGCAUGGAAAGAGAGUUGCUUGUGAUAUUACUGAAGCUGUGAUAAAUGACUUCCAAAGCAGAGGGUUGAUCAAUGAUGCGUUGUAUGCGGAAACAUUUUCUCGAUCUAGAUGGUCUUCUUCAAGUUGGGGGCCUAGACGGAUCAAGCAAGCACUGUUCAAGAAGGGAGUAAGUGAAGCUGAUGCAGAGAAGGCAGUAAAACUAGUUUUCAAGGAUGAUGGAUCUGGUGGAGAUCAAGAGUCAAGACAUGGUUUGUCAAAUCUUGCGAUGGAUCAUCUAUUUGUUCAGGCCUCAAAGCAAUGGUUGCGAGGUCAUGAUGUGCCCAGAGAAACACGGAAAUCCAGGAUUAUUCGGUGGCUUCAGUAUCGUGGAUUCACUUGGGCUGUUGUUAGCUUCAUAUUGAAGAAGUUAGAAUCUCAGUAUCCUCACUAGAGCCCUUUGGGAUAUCUCAUUCAUGUUACAUGUGCAGACAAUGAAGGUCAAUCCUGAUUCAGUUAAUGGUACACAUCCAUCACUCAUUUUUCAGCCACAUAAGUUAAACCCUUCUGCAUGAGUAAAAUGGUAGGGAAGCAGGCCCCAUGAAGACAGACUGCUGUAGCCAAAACUUAUGUCACCUUGGUCCUCCACUGUGCUAAACUGCAUUGCGUGUCAGCCUUCCCAGCAGCAUCUGGUUAAGAACAAGGUAUACCUUACUGACACAUGGCAUCGCUUCAAUGUUGGUGGGAUUGACAUCUCUUCCCUGAAAGCAGAUUCUUGUGUGUUCGUGAAGUGCAAAUGGCUAACAUGAACAUUCAUUGUUUGUACUAAUGUAUCUGUCCGCUUAUUCUUGGCACUCUUUAUUAAUAGAUGCUCUGUUUGCUUAUCAAAAAACAAAAAAAAAAAAGGAAUGUAUCUGUCCAGUUAUUGGCACUUGCUUUCACAGGAAAACACAAAUUCGGGUAUGAAUAGACAUCUAGUUAUCAUA